AUGAAUUGUGUAUUCGAAUGUUCCAGAUUUCUGUUUCUCGCUGCCUGCCUCACGAUCAGCGAUGCCGCCAAGUUCGUCGAGCCUACAGGGAAUUGCAGUUAUUCCUUUCUCAAUCAGUGUGGGAAACAUUUCAUGGUCUACGCUGUCGUCGAUGGCGUAUUCCGGGUACCGGUGACCGCGGAAGAAUUAUCCGAGCAUUGUCAGCGACAGGAAGCUGCCGAGGUAUGCGUGCGUCAGCGAGCCGACAGGUGCACCACAGGAGUGGUGAAAGGAAUCGUCCGUUUCAUGAUGGACGCCGUCCGGGACGAGCGCGAGAUCCGAUGCGAUCCGUCAACUCCAGAACAUGGGGCCUAUCUGAGGAUGGCGACGUGUUUGAACUCACUGUCGAAGCACACGCUAGCGUGCAUGAAAACUUUCGGAAGAUACACGGAUACAUUUGCCGAUGCGUCCGUGGGCAAAACGUUGAAAGAAAAAACGCCCCAUGGAUGUUGCGCAUUCAAUGAGUACGUUUCGUGCGUCGUGGAUGAAACCCGCAGAGUUUGUGGGAGCGAUGCUGCAUCUUUCAACGAGCAGCUUACUUCGGGAGCUGUCGGGGAGCUCAUCACUUCGACUUGCGAGCCAUACAAGAAGCGCAGCAAAGUUUGUAAAGCGUUCUUCGAACAAGUUCCGCCAGCUGCCGGGGAGAGCGACGAUGGCUUCAUCUUCUUGGGAACCGUUGCGAAACUUGCGGAUGCGCUCAGCGCCAGACGAUCGUGA